AUCGCCAUAUCUCUCCUCUGCUCCCCCCUUCGCCGAACUCCAAAUUCCCCACAACGAAUCCGCCCUCCACCAUGGCUUCCUCACCGGGCUCUGCCCGCCUUACAGUGCUCCUGCUCUGCCUCCUCGUCUCCUCCACCGCCUCCGCGACCCGCUUCGCCCCGGCGGACAACCACCUCAUCGCGUGCGGCGCGACGGCGCCGGUCGUCCUCCCAGAGGACGGCCGCCGCUUCGUCCCCGACACCGGCUGCGCCUCCGUCCGCCUCCGCUCCACAGCCCCAACGCUCCCCUCCGCCCCUGAUGCGGCCGCCCCGCCGCCGCCGUCCCCUCUCCACGCCGCGGCGCGCGUCUUCUCCUGCCACGCGUCCUACGACCUCGCAAUCACCCGCCGCGGCCGCCACGUCCUGCGGCUCCACUUCUACCCCUUCAGCCCCGCCCUCGCCGCCGCGCGCUUCCACGUCGGCGCGGCCGGCUUCCUCCUCCUCCACAACUUCACCGUCUCGUCCCCCGUCGUCAAGGAGUUCCUCCUCCCCGUCGACACUGAUGCCCUCGCGCUCACCUUCGUCCCGGAGCCCGGAUCCGCUGCCUUCAUCAACGCCAUCGAGCUCUUCUCCGCGCCCGAGGAGCUCGUCGGGGACGUCGGCACCCUCGUCGCAGCUGACGGAACCGUCGGCCGCACCGACGGGCUGUCCUCGCAGGUCUUCGAGACGCUCUACCGGAUAAACGUGGCUGGACGCAAGGUCACGCCGUUCAACGACACGCUCUGGCGGACAUGGGUCAACGACGGGCGCUUCCUCGUCGACACGGGAUCGUCCGGUAGUACGGUAUGGUCAUUCGGUGGCCGGAUUGCUUACCCCAAAGGUAGCAGGUUGAUGAGCCGCGAGGUGGCUCCCGACAACGUCUACAACUCGGCGAGGUCGGUUAGGUCAGACGGCAAUGUGACAUGGGGUUUCCCAGUGCCUGCUGGAAGCAGGUACCUGGUGCGGACGCACUUCUGCGACAUUGUGAGCAAGGCCUUAUAUCAGCUAUACUUCGAUAUCUAUGUCAACGGCCAUCUAGCGGUGAAGUAUUUUGACAUUUCAAGUGUCACCGGGUCCUUAGCGUACCCGUAUUACAUUGACUUUGUUGUGGACGUCGAGGAUGAAGGAAUACUGAAAUUGGCCAUCGUUGGCUCGAAGAUGAGCCGAUCUGAACAAGUGAGCGGUUUCCUGAAUGCGAUUGAGAUAAUGAGGAUGAACAAGACAGGCGGCGGCAUGGAUGGGGAUUUUCCAGUUUCUCUGGACAUGGGGUACGCAAUCAGAAUGGGGAUUGGUGAAUUCGUUCGCUCGCUGCUUUGUGGUUUAAUCUUUGCGGGAUUGUUGCUGGUUUUGGUCGUGCUGGUGAUGAGGUUGAGGACCGAGCUGAGAAAUAAUGGUACGCUUUGCUCUCGCCAAUCAAUUGAUUCUGGUGAUGGGAAGUUGGCUAGAGCUUAUCAGCUCGUACCCACCAAGACAGACUAUUGAGAGACAUGAGAUUUGAGGAGCUUCAAACUCUGGCUAUUGUGUGUAUCUCUAAUGAAGUGAUGAUGUGGUGUGGUUGUAAGUAUCUUAGCUUACUAAUUUAUGCUUCUGCACUUUUCAUGGUUGAAGUUUCAAUUGUUUGAGCUUAGCCGGUGCAGACCAUAUCAGUGGAAGUGUUCAUGUAAGACGUUGCCAAAACAUGGAAUUGUGUGUACUUUAGAUGUGUUUGUAUUACUACUGCUUUGCA